GCAUCGUGGAAUCAGGAAGUUGUGUGGAGCGCUGGUUCGGCCCGCGGUGACCCGUGUCUGCCGCUGCGGAGGACAGCGGCUCUCAGACGGACACCCGCUUCUCAUGCGCCCCCCCUCCCGGACCCCCAGCGGACCCCCAGCGGACCCCCAGCGGACCUCCAGCGGACCUCCGAGCCUCCGCCGCCCUGCCCGGGUCGAUGAUAAACCCAGACCUCCGCUCUGCCCUCGCUCUCACCGCUGACUGGAGCAGAAAUGUCGUACUGGUCUGUCGGCCUUCCUCAGGACUCCGCAGAAACUCCCGGCAACAUGGAGGAACACGUGUGCCCCGGGGAGGAGAUGGGAGCCAAAGCUUCGCUGGCGGAGGGGCCCCCGGCUACGCUGGUUCCUUCUCCCACGCUGGAGAACAUCCAGGAGGCGUACAGCGGCGGGGAGGAGGCGGCGGCCAGGAAGCUGAUCCGGCAGGCCUGCGGCGUGGAGAGCAGCUCGGGGUCGGCCCACAUCGACGGGGUUCGCCUCCUGUGUGUGGCCUCUCAUCACGGUGACCUCCAGAGUGUGUGUUACCUGCUGAAAGAAGGCCAGGUCAGCGUCCCUCUGGAGCCAUCCAACAGCAACCCGGCCAUCGUGGCAGCGUACUACGGCCACGCCGAGGUGGUGAAGGAGUUACUGGAGUCCAUACCGGGUCCCUGUCUCAGGAGAGACCUGCUGAACUGGAUGCUGGCCACGUCGUGUCAGCGGGGUCACCUGGAGGUGGUCCGCCUGCUGGUCUGCAGCUACGAGGCCGACGUCAAGGACUGCUCCAUCCACAGCGACGAGUUCGCCGUCAUCACCGGGCUGCCUCUGUAUGCCGCCGCACAAACAAAUAAUGAGGAGAUCGCCUGCUUCCUGAUGCAGAACGGCGCAGGUUUCUCCUCCUACACCCUGGUGGACCACCCGGCGUUCAGCAAACACCUGCUCAGGCUCAACAUACAGGAGCACCGCGAGACGGAUGGAGACGAGUGUGUCAGUGUGUGCUGGAGCGGUCUGCAGCUGCCCUGGUUGGACCUGGACUGGUUCAUGGACGUGUCGUCCCGGAUCACCCAGCUGGACCUGUCCUCCAAUAGCCUGUCGGGGCUGCCGUCCGUAGUGCCCUGGGGCCUGAUCCACCUCAGGACUCUGGAUCUGUCCAACAACGAGCUGCGAGAGCUGCCGUCGGCCCACAGCUCCCAGGAGGUCAUCUGCUCCAGCCUGCAGCAGGUGAAUCUCUCCCAGAACCAGCUGGGCAGUUUGCCGGUCGGACUUCUCCACCUCACCCACCUCCAGAAACUCUCUGCUGCCAAGAACCAGCUCAGCCUCCUGUUCGACAUCCCUCCAGACACUAACUGGAUCGGCCUGCGAAAGCUGGGCGAGCUGGACGUGUCUGAUAACAGUCUGCUGGCUCUGCCCACGCCGGUCAUGCACUGCCUCAAAUCUCUCAGCCUCCUCAACGUGAGCAGGAACAGGCUGAGCAGCUUCCCGGACCCCUGGGCCUGCCCGCUGAAACAGUUAAAAGCUUCUUCCAACGCCAUCGAGAGUCUUCCGGACACAAUCUCCAUCUUCUGGAAGACUCAGCUGCAGGAGGUGGACUUCUCCGACAACAGCCUGAAGGAGCUGCCCUCCUAUAUCUUUGAGCUGGAGGCCCUGGUCUCCCUGAGACUGAGCGGGAAUCACAUUGCGACACUCCCGGCCCCCAACAAGUGGAACUGCUCCCGGCUCCGGACCCUCGAUCUCUCCAGGAACCAGCUGGGGAAAACGGAAGAAAGUCCCAAAUCCAGGAGGCUGGCCUUCCUGACCACCUGGAACCGGAGGGACCCGGAUCCAGUGUGUCCCAUCGAGUUCCCCGCCGUCCUGCGAGAUUCACUGGAGGUGUUGUUCUUGAACGACAACCAGCUGGAGUGUGUUCCCCAGUCGGUGUGCGGUCUGCACAGCCUCACCGAGCUCUACCUCUCCAAUAAUCCUGGAAUCAGGGAGCUUCCAGCGGAGCUCGGACAGCUCUCCAACCUCUGGCAGCUGGACAUCGAAGACCUCAACAUCACCAACGUCCCGCAGGAAGUCCGGAAGGAAGGCCCUGCGUCUGCCCUGGCGUACCUGCGGGCUCACCUCCGGAAAGCAGAGCCCUGUAAGCUCCUGAAGAUGCUGGUGAUCGGCCCCCCCAGACAGGGCAAGACGGCCCUGCUGGAGGCCCUGCAGACCGGCAAGGCGUCCCCCUUCACCCCCACCGAGUGCUCCAUCUCCACCUCCAGCUGGGAGCUGGACAGACCCAACGCAGGCAAAAACAACAAGGACUCGGUGGUGUUCAACGUGUGGGACAUCGGCGGUCAGGCCAGCAUGUCCACAGUCAACCAGUGCUUCUUCACUGAUAAGGCGCUUUAUAUGGUCAUCUGGAACCUGGCUCUGGGAGAGGAGGCUGUGGCCAACCUGCAGACAUGGCUGCUCAACAUAGAGGCCCGGGCUCCCAACUCCGCCGUGGUGGUCGUGGGAACCCACCUGGACUUGAUCGACACCAGGUUCCGCACCGAGCGGCUGGCCACCCUCAGAGCCUACGUGCUGGCGCUGUGCCGAUCGCCGUCCGGCGCUCGAGCCACCGGCUUCCCCGACAUCACCUGGAAACACCUGCAUGAGGUGUCCUGUAAGACCCUGGAGGGUUUGGAUGGUUUGAAGAAGCUGAUCUACCAGGUGGCUCUCUCCAUGAAAGACGGCGGCGGCGGCUCGGCCUGUGGCGGUAAGCUGCUGCGCAGACUGAUUCCCAGGAGCUACCUGACUCUCCAGGAAGCAGUGCUGGCAGAGAAACGCCGGCGGGACGCUGAAGACGAGGUCCAGUAUCUGACGGACGUCCAGCUCGACGCCAUCAUCGAACAGAACCCAGGAAGUGACAUCAGGGACUACGAGGACCUGCAGACUGCCAUCAGCUUCUUGAUCGAAACGGGGACUCUGCUCCACUUCCCGGACACCAGCCACGGGCUCUGCACCCUCUACUUCCUGUGUCCCGUGUGGUUGUCCGAAUGCCUGCAGAGGAUCAUGCACCUCAAGUCGUCCCGCUCCGUCGCCAGGAACGGCGUCAUCCGAGCAGAAGACCUCCGGCUGCUGUUGGUGGGAACCAGGUUCUCUCAGCAGACGGAAGAACAGUAUUUCCAGUUUUUGGCCAAGUUUGAGAUCGCUCUGCCUGUGGCCAACAACAGCUACCUGUUGCCCCACCUUCUUCCCCCGAAGCCGGCCAUGGACAUCCACGGCUUUCGGCAGCAGACAGACAACACCCUGCAGCGCCUCUUCAAGAUGAGCUUCGUCCCUGCGGGAUUCUGGGAGAGAUUCAUCGCCAGGAUGCUCAUCAGCCUCAAUGAGAUGGACCUGCAGUCCUUCGAGCCCAAAACCAAGAACUCCAGGAGCCAGCACAGCAGGAACUCGGUGAUCUACAGCUUCGCCGGAGCGCAGCAGAGGAACCGCUGCAGCACCUUCAGGGUGCGCCGCAGCCAGACCAUCUACUGGAAGGAGGGCCUGCUGGUCACGUUCGCCGGAGGUUACCUCAGCGUGGAGUCGUCGGACGUCAACUGGAAGAGGAAGAAGAGCGGCGGCAUUAAGAUCAUCUGCCAGUCCGACGUGAGGGAUUUCUCCGCCAUGGCCUUCAUCACGGACCACGUCAACUCUCUGAUCGAGCAGUGGUUUCCUGCGCUGACAGCCAGCGAGAGCGACGGCAGCCUCCUCAUCGAGCAGUACGCCCCCUGCCCCCUCUGCGCUUCGCUGGGCCUGCAGAAGCAGCCGGAGCCCGGGGAGCCCGGCGGCGGCGGCGGCGGCGGAGGAGGAGGAGCGGGCGUCCAUUACUUCAACAUGGAGGACUGUGUGCUGGCCGCCGUGGAGCAGGAGCACAUCGUCUGUCCGCGGCACCCCGACCAGCCCGUCCCCCUCCAGGAGCUGGUCCCAGAACUCUUCAUGACCGACUUCCCUGCCCGGCUCUUUCUGGAGAAGCCCUUGCUGGAGUACUCUGAGGAGGAGAGCAACAUCCUGGGCCAGGGCGGCAGCGGGACCAUCAUCUACCGAGCUCGCUAUAACACUCAGCCUGUGGCUGUCAAACGCUUCCACUUCAAGAAGUGUCGCCAGCAGAGCGUCAGCAGAGACACAGACACGAUGGUGAAGCACCUGCAGUCUGCGAACGCCUGCCGGAGCUUCUCGGAGUUCCGGCAGGAGGCCAGCAUGCUGCACUCCCUGCAGCACCCCUGCAUCGUGGCUCUGGUGGGCAUCAGCAUCCACCCGCUGUGCUUCGCCCUGCAGCUCGCCCCGCUGGGCAGCCUCAACACCGUGCUGGAGGAGAGGCACAAGGACAAAAGCUCCGGGUUCAUGCCCCUGGGUCACAUGCUGACCUUUAAAGUAGCCUAUCAGAUCGUGGCAGGACUGGCGUACCUUCACAGGAAGAGCAUCAUCUUCUGUGAUCUGAAGUCUGACAACAUCCUGGUGUGGUCUCUGGAGCUGGAGGAUCCAGUCAACGUGAAGCUGUCGGACUAUGGCAUCUCCAGACAGUCCUUCCAUGAGGGGGCUCUGGGAGUGGAGGGCACGCCCGGGUACCAGGCUCCCGAGAUCCGACCUGGCAUCGUGUACGACGAGAAGGUGGACAUCUUCUCCUACGGGAUGGUGGUGUACGAGCUGCUGUCCGGGCGGAGGCCGGUGCUGGGACAGCACCAGCUGCAGAUCGCUAAGAAGCUCUCCAAAGGCGUUCGGCCCACACUGGGGAGUCCCGAGGAGGUUCAGUUCUGCUGCCUCCACAGCCUGCUGACGGAGUGCUGGGAAACCAAGCCAGAGAAGAGGCCGGCGGCCAUGCAGUGCUUGCGGCAGAUGCAGGAGCCCAGCUUCCCGUGCCUGCGCUACGUGUUGCCCUGCGACCGCCACUCGCAGCUCUUCCUGUCGCCGCUGCAGGGCCACAGCGCCGUGUUCUGGGGCGGAGACAAGGACGACAGGAACUACAGCGUGGUGAACGUGCUGAAGGGCCAGGUGGAGGUGAGGAGGAUGUCCUGUCCCGGCAGCAGGAUCAGCUGCCAGCUGAAGAUGACCAACUCCCUGUGGAUGGCCACCGAGGAACAGGAAGUGUUCAUCUACAGCCUGAAGGACAUGUGUCCUCUCAGUCAACCACAGAAACGCUUCUCCUCCCCGGCCGUCAUCACCUGCAUGUUCCCCGUCCCGGCAGGAGAGCAGACGUUGGCCAAAGUGUUUGCUGGGAUGUCUGACGGCCUGGUGGCGGUGUACAGCCUGGUGGAGGACCUGCCUCUGGAGGGCGAGACGUAUCUGUGCUCACACUCCAUCAACAAGACCAUGUUCGGCCUGAAAGACUCGGAUCCCAGGCAGAGACCCUACCCGGUCAGGAGCAUUGCGCUGGUCAGCAGCGGCUCGCAGCUGUGGUUCUCCAACGGUCCCGGCCUGCUGGUCAUCGACUGUCUGAGCCUCCAGGCGGUUCGGAGGAUAGAAGCCUAUGGCCCGCCGUCCUCUGUCGUAUCCAUGGCGACCAACUUCAGCCUGUGGGGGGAGGAGGCAGUAUGGACCCUGGACGACCACAGCAACACACUGCACCUCUAUCACGCCGCGUCCUACGAACUCUGCGCCAAGUACUGCUGCGGGGACAGUAAUCCCCUCCGGGACGUCUUCUCGGUGCAGCGGCCCACCGGAGUCGCCACACUGGCAGCCGCCAGCCUCCCCAGCAGGGACCGGGACCAGGACCAGGACCAGGACCAGGAGGUGGAAGCCCUGACAGGAGAAGUGACUGUGAUCUACAGUGAGGAUGCAGGGACUCAGAUCCUGCUGCACCAGGAGUCCCUGACGGACUACUGCUCCAUAUCAUCCGGCUGCUCGCUGGAGCCGCCGCCGCGGCCGCCAUCGGAACGCUCGCACACGGAGACCCUGAGCGUAGCGGACAGUCGCAGCAGUGCAACGCUGUAUGCGGAGCUGGAGGAGCCCGACGGGGGUCGGGCAGAGUCCAGCCUCUCUGAUCCAGUCCUGGACCCCGCAGGGAGCUCGGACCCUCAGCUGCAGGCCUUCACUGUGCUGCCGGUCAGCGGGACUCUGUGGAUCCCCAGGCGCGGCGGGGAUGUGAUGGUCAUUGAGAUGCAGUCCCAGUCCGGUCAGCUCCGAGGCCGCGUGGUGGCGGUGCUCACUCCGCCUGGACGGUCCUCUUUGGGGCUCCUGGAGGAGGCGGCGCUGGUGGCAAAGGACACGGUUGUGUGCGGCUUCCGUAAGGAAAACACGGAGUGGUGCCUGUGUGUCUGGAGGGGCUGGGGCCGCCGCGAGCUGGAGCUCUUCUACCGCUCCUACGAGGAGCUGGGCCGCCUGGAGACCAGGAUGAGGAAAAGAAGGUAGCCGUUGUGCCGCAGAAUCGCGGCUCUGUCCGGCCGAGGGGGGGAAACGCCACCCACAGGACCGCCAGUGUUCAGGGGGCGAGGAGGGAGGAGGCGAGCGCCGGACACGGCAAACCCUCCAGAGCGCCGUCGGGGAAACGGAGACUCGCGUCACAACGGUCGUCCUGCAGGUGACGUUUAUCCAGACUGCAGGAAGGUUUCUGCUGCCUCCACUCACCAGCUCCUCUUUCACCUUCACUCUGACUGUUCUCAACAGAAUCUGGUCUAAGAACAUGUAGCCGAACUCAAACAUCAGCAGCUUCGAUACCUCAGUAACAGCGAAGCCAGGAAGUGAGGAAGUCGCAGAUUAAAGAACUCCCAUAAUCCCAAACUGAUGCCGAAAAGCCCUCAAGGUGUAUUUGAGUUUAAUCACAUCACACUUGUUAGUUCCUCAAUCCUUUGAUGAUCACACAACAGAAAAAACACGCACAUCAGUCUUUUUUUAAUUUUAAUUUCAAACGACAUGAAAUCAGCGCAGAUAAGAAGCCAUCGACUCUCUUCGUUUCAAAGCCGCAUCAGUUUCACAACAACAACGCUCAGAGCAGAAAGAUUUUUAAUCCAUGACGCUGGGAUCAAAGAGAGCCCGGCAGAAGCUGUAUAAUCCCAGCCUGAGAUCCCGACUCUCGGCUCGCCGUGACGCUGCUGGAAGCUGGUGUCUGAGCUCCACCCGGACCGACCGGCCACUGCAGGAGCAACACUCUGGACUCCGCCGUUAGCUUCACUUUUCCUCGUUUUCAGUCAACAUUGAUGUGUUAAGUCCCAUGAAAUUAGAAGAACUUUCAUUUUUUACCACAAAAUAUCAAAUCAUAUCUUCACAUGAAUCAUAAUUACCCAGAAGUCAAUCUUUUUUCAGCUCAUCAUCUUUAAAUUAAAUAAAUUAGUCCUCGUUUUACUGGCAGGGUUUUUGGUAUUUUGCCCAUUUUGAGCUUCAAUCUUACGUUAAAGAAAACAACUGCUGAGCUACUUGAUCAGGUUCAUUUGUCCAUUUAAAGCUCCUUCAGUUAAACUUUUACAUGACCUGACCUGUCUCAUGAAUCUUUUUUGCACCCCAGUAACAAUAACCCUGAGACUGAAGGUCCAUAAUCCCACUCUGCGAACUUAUUCUGCUAAAUCUCAGUGAGUCCAUGUGAUCCUCGAGGAGAAGCUGCAUCUUUUUCAUUAUAAAACACUGUCGUCAGCAGCUGUUUUAUUGUUCCACUGACAGAUUCUUUCACUUUAGGCUCAUUUUUCCUCUGAGUUCAACAAUAAAACCCUGUUUCACUUCAUUAGAUGAUCUUAAACCCCUGAAACAGUUGCGUAACUUCCAAAGAACGACAAACACUGACACUCUGAAUGAAUGUAGAUGUAUUAAUGUUCUCCUGGUAGCAACUUUAAAACUCUUUGAGGGACGUCUCGUGACGUUUUUAUUUGAACUGGAGCGUAACCUUCGCUCAGACUUCGCGGUGGUUUGCGUCCUGACUGGAUCCAGUUCAAGAUGUGGCGAGCUGCGAGCUCCAGAUGCUGCUUUGUUUAUUCUCCCGUCUAUUUCCAUCGUCCUUCAUCUAACGCUCCCCGUCUGGAGCCCGGGACGCCGGGCCGGGACGUCCUCCGCUCCUAUUUUUAAAAGCGAUUGAUUGGAUGCGCCGCUGCGGCGGCGCUCCGGGCUCUGCUCUCCAAACGAAGAGCAGGUGGCCCGUCAGACUCACACACACUCACACACACUCACACACACUCAGAAACAUGGUGGAUGUUCCUCAGAUGGAGCCGGACGACCGUCCAACAUCAAGCACAUCUGUGUUCGGUGCAACGUUACGCAACUGAGCCGUUCCGCCCAGCUCUUAGAAACCGCUGAGUUUGGCAGAUUCAAGCUAAUAAAAAGAACAUUUUCUUCUUCUUUCAGUAGUUCGGUUUGGUUCUGAACGCCGCAGUCGUCCGUUUAGCGAGACUUGAUUCAUGACAACACAUUAUCCUGGUUUUACUGCUCUAAUAGAAUCAAAGAACCGAAGCAAUAAAGUUUUUUUUGUUUUUGCUGCUAUUGACACUGAAGGGAAAAGGCAUCUUUACUAAUCACAAUAAAUCAUUUGAAGUCUUUCUGACGUUUAUUAAAAUUUAGCUAAAAGAAAAAAAUCAGGGGCAUCUCGGCCAACGAUGCUCAAACUUUUGAGACAUCUGUCCACCAAUAACGCUACAGCUCUCAGCUGUUGAUGCUCAUAAUGCUGAUGCCUUUGAGAUUUGUCUUCUCAAUAUGCUGAAACCUUGCAGGCUUAUAUUACUGAUACCUUAAAGGUGUGUCCAUCUUAAAUCUGACCGCUGCAGAAGCUGAAAACCAGCCGGACAUGUUCACUCAUCAUCAUGAAACUGUUGUUGCUGAUAACGCUCUCGGCUUUAUCUGAUGGUGCUGGUCAAGUUCUGUCUGUUCAAUACAGAAACCUUCAGCUUUUGAUGCUAACAAGCGUAAAUCUGCAGCUUAAAACGAGCAGAGUAAUAAUCUUCUAUUAUCCUGAAUCCGUGGAGACAUUUCUGCUGACGAUGCUAAAACCUCGUAAAUGCUAAUAAUGUUAAAAGCUUGUAGCAGUAGACGUUAACAGAACUGAGGUGGUCAAACUCUGGCUCUUUCCAAUCCUCCUCCUCUUGUUGGGUUUCUCCGUCAUCAGCGUUCAUGUUGAAAACACCUCUCCAACGAGUCGUUUCACUACUUCCUCCGAACAACUUGAGUUGAUUCAUAGGAGCUGAUCUGCUCAACACAAACUCCUGACGGUUAGCUAGCGGAGAAGAGGCUCGUUUUGAGCCCGAAAAGCUGCGUAGCGCUUCCAAACUCUCAACGCUUCCCGCUCCAGCAGCGUGUUCAGAGACGAGCAGCGUCAUGUUUUUAUUCACUGUGUCUUUAAUGGGACUUUACUGAGGAGCUGAAGUCGCAGAGCGUCUCUCAGCGCUCGACUCGUCUGUACCGACGUUCACGGAACAGAAGCAUUCAGCACUUUACGUCUCGGCACGGCUUCCCGGCAGCGCUGCCACCAAAUAAUGUAAAAUGUAUGAUAUGUAUUAAAGAGCUGAGAUUUUUCUACGCCUGUGUUUAUACGGGGAGUUCCUCGGACGUGUGAGGAUGGUGUUGACUUUAACGACAGAUGUAAAGCAACCUCUGGUGACUCCGAUGUUUUCCUGCGAGUGAAAACAAACGGCAGCACCGUGGGAUUGUUCCUCUCAUGGUUUGUUUGGGGUUUUUUUUAAACAUGUAUUUAAAUGUCAGCCACACACUUCGCUGAGCUGCUGCACAGCUGACCAGCAAGGAACUGUGGAAACAUGGAGCUUAUUUAUUUCCUGGAAUGUAUAACACGACGCAUUGUAACAUAAAAUCAGUGUAAAGUGAUGCUGAAUAAAGUUCUGAUGAUC